GAGGCAGUUUUCCCAGCUGAAGUUCCUGUUGUUCUGCCGCUUUCAAAUAUCAUUCUGCAGGGGGAGAUGAAUUAUGUAACAUAUAUGGAGGAGAGGAAGUCAUCGAGGGAGUCGAGAGAAAAAGAAACGCUGGAGAACAUUGCCAAGUCGCAAGAAAAGCAGAAGGUAGCGUAUGCCAAUAGAGUGCAGAAAAAAUACAGGGAUUUAAACUACAGUGUUGGCGACGAGGUUCUCCUCUACAACAUGAGGAAGCGUGGUCGAAAAGGUGGAAGGAUUGAACCUGACUUCCUUGGCCCUUAUGUCAUCGAGGAGCUGUGUGGCAAUUUGCUUAAAUUGGCAAAUUAUGCCAGUGUUAUCCUGAAAAACAAGAUUAACAUUAACAACAUAAAGCCAUAUAGAAGGAGUAAAGAAGCAACAUGCCCCAGGCAGCAAAGUGAAAGGACCUCGGUGAUUCAAUUUGCCCCGAAGAGACAGGAUAGCACUACGGAGCCUUCUGCAUCUUUGAAUUUACAGCAGAGCAUGGAAGACAGAGGGCUGUGGAGUGCUGAAGAUGACGGCCUGAUGGAAGCCAUUGUCGGACAAUUCAAACUGUAUAAGUCGUCAUUCAAAACACUGCAUGGGACAGAGUGGCUGGUUGAUGAGGUGAUUGAUGCAUACAUUCAUCACCUGAUUGGAAAGCAUCAGGAACCUAUUCACCAGUUCGAUGCAGUAAUUUCAUCGGAAUUAUUUUCUGGAAAAUGGGAUAGACUUGGAAAGGUUAGUUAUUUGUCUCAAUAA